AUGAACUUCAUAACCGAGAGAAACGAGGACAAUGAGUUCAAGAAGGUGACGCCACACUGGAUUCGCAUGACCAGGUUCCUAGAGCUGGAAGAUGGCCUCAAAUCCAACCACAAGAAACACCCUUGGCUCUGGUGCCUCCUGACAGUCCAUCAAGAAUUCGAUUCGAUCCUGACAAAAGCCGCCUCCCUGAAGCCCAUCAUCGACCAAUUUGAGCUGUACCCGCUCAAGACCAUCCAGAGGGCGGCAGUGUUCCGCCAAGAUGUCAAGACGCAAGAUCUGACCCAUGCGUUUCUUGCGUUUCUGGCUUCGAAGGAAGAAAGCUACCGCCUGUGUUGGUAUUUUAUACAAAAGAACUUCCGAGCUCACCUUAAGAGGUCGGAAGAACCCACAGAAAAUCAUUCCUCGGAGGUUUGGAAUGAAUAUGAAGCCGGGCACAGCUUCAAAGGUGAGAAUUUUGAUGACUCGGCUGCACUCUCAAGCGAGGACAGCGCUCUGGCCGAACAAGUGCGGAAUUUCGCCAUGAACUUCCAGGAGAGCUAUGCCAACAUCCGAGAUCGCAAAAAAACGGCUUCAAAGCCGAUCGCAGAAAAGCUGCAAGAUAUAUUCCGGCAGGCAAAGAAAUAUUGGCCAACAGAGGUCGAAUACAUUUGGAACUUCCUCUGUGAUGUCAUGAAGCUCGAGCCUUCCGAAAGCAACCAUCAUCAACGGCGAUACGAGGGUGCGUUCCCUCUCACGACGCUCUUGGAGGCCAACUUUUGCUUGUUUGCGAGGGCAGAUCCUGGAGCCCCGGCAAUCCCUUCUUGGCAAGUCACUUCUUGGGCGGAAGCCUUCAAGAAACUGAAACUCAGUGCCGAGGAGAGAGCAAGCAAAUGGGGGGCCAUCUACCAGGAGAUAGAAACUCUCAGGGGCACAAUCGAGGAGCAACGUCAAAUCAUCACGUGUCUUGAAUACCGCCACAUCCUGGAGCAUCUGCCUCCCGAUCGCGUCCCCGGAAAGGGCGGCCCAAAGUGGAUGAAUCUGUGGGAGGAAGUCGUGAACCAGGAACUGGAUCUGCAGCUCCAAGGUGACUUCGGACCACGAGCUCUCACGCCACUAUUUGAAAAGAAAGUCAAGGAUCUCUCCAAAGCGAGGUGUCAAGCCGUCACGAAUGAGAUUAACCGCCAAAUCGGAUUGGCACAGGCGCCUACGAAUAUUGCUCAAGAAAUAAACGCGAGAUCCAAGAAACCCAAAGGUGAAGACAAAAUCCCGUACAAGGAGUGGCCAGGAUAUCGGAGGGGUGAGGACAUGUAUAGUGACCUGAGUGAGAUGAUUCAUGGGUAUGGGAAGAAGUACGAGUUCCAGGCAACGAAUUGGCCAAAGCUGGAACGACACAUUCUAGAAUGGCUAAAACCAAGCAGUGCCGCGGCCCGCGAGGGUAAAGAGAUCAUCUGGGAGGAUGAGAGGCUGGAGAAGAAGAUCCAGUAA